GAAACUUCACUGUGGAAGUACUUAGACCAAAGACUAAAAUUUCAGAGUUGUUUGAUAGAGAUUUCUGGCACUUACAUAAAGACGGUAGCUUUCUCUGACUACACUUAACUAAAAGUUGUACCGAGGGGCAACAUUACGAGUUAAGGAUGUAUACGGCCGGACUCAACCCGUUUUACGCAUCGAAUUUUAGUCUUUGGUCUGCUUAUUGUGCGGGUGGUUUCGCUAUGGAUACAAUGAAGAAGCCCUCAUUUUGCAUUGCUGACAUUUUGCAGGUCGGUGAUGCUGAGAACAUCCCGGGAUCCUCGGCCCUCAUGACUCAUAUGGGACACCGUUCUCAGGUUCACGCCUCUGGAUCGCCAUUGCGUCCUUCACCAGUGGGGCCAGAGCAGUCGAUCUACGGUGGGAGAGUGAACCCCGGGUCUCCGUAUCACAGACACGGAAUACACUUAACUUCGGUAUCUAGAACGAGUCUCAGCUCCCAACAAGCUCCCCCACCUUCAAGCAAGGACCUCAAGUUCGGAAUCGAUCGGAUAUUGUCAACAGACUUCGACCCCAAAACAAAAGACAUAUCGUCUUUAAGAGAUCUCACGUCCAUUGUUAGCUCGAACCGUCAGUCAGGGAUCCAGCCAGCGAGCCAGUACUUCGCAUCCAUAGACCCGGGGAUGAGCGACGCGUCCUCCAUGAUGAGCUCACUAAACAGCGCCAGGCAAUCAGGGCAGCAUCAGUUUCAGGACACCUUUCCAGGUCCAUAUGCUGUCCUUACUAAAGACACGAUGCCACAGACGUACAAAAGGAAGAGGUCCUGGUCGCGGGCGGUCUUCUCCAACCUGCAAAGAAAAGGGCUUGAGAAACGAUUCGAAAUACAGAAAUACGUCACCAAACCCGACAGAAAACAACUGGCUGCAAUGCUUGGCCUAACAGACGCACAGGUCAAAGUGUGGUUCCAAAACAGGCGCAUGAAGUGGAGGCAUUCGAAAGAAGCACAGGCACAGAAAGAUAAGGAGAAGGAGACCCCGGACAAGUCACUGACAGAGGCCGAGUCCAAGGAGCCGGAAGAGUCCGAGUGUGAGAGCGAAGCAAGCGAGUCCGAUUUCGAGGAUGGACAGGAGGACAAGAGUGACAUGGACAUUUCUGAGCACAACAAGACUAGUGUGAUCAUGACCGGGGCCAUCCCUGUGAGUACCGAGGAGGCGAACUCAGUCAGUGCCCUUACAGAAGCUGUGCCAUCAUCGCAAAUGUUAAUAUGAGUGCACAGUCAAAAGUUAUUUUUUAAUGUAAAAUGUAUAAUUUAAUAUAAAUAUUAUUUAGAAAAAUUGAUAUACAGAGCGGAGUUGUCGUAAAGUGGAGGGCCAGUAGGAUACUCUACAGCGUGUAUGGGAUAUUUUGACUCCCUCCAUCUUUCACCUCUGUCAGUCAGUAUUAGGCGAUGUGCAUGACUUUUUCCUCAACUGAAGGAAAUAUUCUGUUGUGAAUUUUAAUCUGAACCACUUAUUCCGUGUCCUGCAAUCCAAAAACAUGACACAAUGUUACAUGUAAUUUACUGUGGAAGCGUUGAUAAAUAUUGUUGUAUUAUAUGUUGGUCAAUAAUUAUUUGCACUGAAAAUAUUGUAAAUAAAAAGUUUCUUACUUUUGA